AUGUCCUCUCAGCUCGUCUGGUUCAUAACCGGGACCUCAUCCGGCCUCGGUCGCGAACUCGCACUCGCUGCCCUCAAAAGAGGAGACAAAGUGAUCGCCACAGCUCGUGCACGGUCUAUUUCCCAGCUCGAUGACCUCAAGAAGCAUGCAGACUCAUCGAACUUGAGUGUGAUGGAGCUCGAUAUUACGGCCACGCCAGAGGUAUUGAACAGCAAGGCGAAGGAUGCGGUGGGUGUUUGGGGUAGGGUGGAUGUGUUGGUGAAUAAUGCGGGUAGCCAGCGACGCGUCUUCACGUCAUAUGUUUACCUUUUCAGCCCGGAGGAAACAUUUGCACAGUUCAAUGUCGGUCUCUUUGGAAGUAUCAACGUCUCACGUGCCUUCCUUCCCUACAUGCGUGAGCGCAAGACCGGAAAGAUCGUCUGGAUAGGAUCGCUCGCUGGAUGGCAGCCCAUGGGUAUCCUCUCGAUGUACUCGGCAGUCAAACAUGCUAUGCGAGCGGUAUCUGAAUGCUUGGAUGACGAGAUCAAACCCUUCGGUCUGAGGUCGAUCUGUCUCGAGCCGGGGCAGUUCAGGACGAAGCUCCUCGAGUCGGGGAACAGAGGGGAAUAUACUGAACGGAUCCCAGAUUACGGAGAGAAUAUGAGAGCGAUGGCGAAAGCGUUCGGAGACGUCAGCGGCAAACAAGUCGGCGAUCCCGUCAAAUUCUGCGACUUGACUAUCGAUCUCCUCAGAGGCGAGGGCGUCGCCGCAGGGAAGACGGUGAUCCCGAGGACGCUGCAGGUAGGAAGUGAUGCGUAUGCGUUUGUGAAGAGGGAUUUGGAGGAAAGGUUGAGGGUGCUGGAGGAGUGGAAGGAGGUGGUCCUUGGGACGGAUGUGGAUGCGUGA